AUGCAGCACAGUGGCGUCCCCAUCCCUCCUUCUCCUUUCUCCGCUCCUCCUACUUUUCUACCCGGCGUCACCCGGGAGGGCAGGAGGGGGCUGAGUUCGGGUGGCAGCGCCGGGCAGAGCGCAGGGGUCACGGCGACGGCGACGACGGCGGCGGCGGCGGACGGCUGGAAGGGCAGGCUUCCUUCGCCACUCGUCCUCCUUCCCCGGUCCGCUCGGUGUCAGGCGCGAAGGCGGCGGCGGCGCGGCGGGCGCACUUCGUCCCUCCUCCAGCUUCCUCCUGCUCCCGAGCGGGCACUCCUUCCUUCGCCAUCCUCCGACCCUUCACCCCGGGGACUGGGCGCCUCCGCCGGCGCAGCUCAGGGAGCGGGGGCCGGUCUCCUGCUUGGCUGUCGCGCCUCCAUGUCGGAUAACCAGAGCUGGAACUCGUCUGGCUCGGAGGAGGAUCCGGAGACGGAGUCCGGGCCGCCUGUGGAGCGCUGCGGGGUCCUCAGCAAGUGGACAAACUACAUUCAUGGGUGGCAGGACCGUUGGGUAAUUUUGAAAAAUAAUACUCUGAGUUACUACAAAUCUGAAGAUGAGACAGAGUAUGGCUGUAGAGGAUCCAUCUGUCUUAGCAAGGCUGUCAUCACGCCUCAUGAUUUUGAUGAAUGUCGCUUUGAUAUUAGUGUAAAUGAUAGUGUUUGGUAUCUUCGUGCUCAGGAUCCAGAUCACAGACAGCAGUGGAUAGAUGCCAUUGAACAGCACAAGACUGAGUCUGGAUAUGGGUCUGAAUCCAGCUUGCGUCGACAUGGCUCAAUGGUGUCACUGGUGUCUGGAGCAAGUGGCUAUUCUGCAACAUCCACCUCUUCAUUCAAGAAGGGCCACAGUUUACGUGAGAAAUUGGCUGAAAUGGAAACCUUUAGAGAUAUCCUAUGCAGACAAGUCGAUACUCUACAGAAGUACUUUGAUGCCUGUGCUGAUGCUGUCUCCAAGGAUGAACUUCAAAGGGAUAAAGUGGUAGAAGAUGAUGAAGAUGACUUUCCUACAACACGUUCUGAUGGAGACUUCUUGCAUAAUACCAAUGGCAAUAAAGAAAAGGUAUUUCCACAUGUAACACCAAAAGGAAUUAAUGGUAUAGACUUUAAAGGGGAGGCAAUAACUUUUAAAGCAACUACUGCUGGAAUCCUUGCUACACUUUCUCAUUGUAUUGAACUAAUGGUAAAACGUGAGGACAGCUGGCAAAAGAGACUGGAUAAGGAAAGUGAGAAGAGAAGAAGAAUAGAGGAAGCAUACAAAAAUGCCAUGACAGAACUUAAGAAAAAAUCUCACUUUGGAGGACCAGAUUAUGAGGAAGGCCCAAACAGUUUGAUUAAUGAGGAAGAGUUCUUUGAUGCUGUUGAAGCUGCUCUUGACAGACAAGAUAAAAUAGAAGAACAGUCACAGAGUGAAAAGGUCAGGUUACAUUGGCCUACAUCAAUGCCAUCUGGAGAUGCCUUUUCUUCUGUGGGGACUCAUAGAUUUGUCCAAAAGCCCUAUAGUCGCUCUUCCUCCAUGUCUUCCAUUGAUCUAGUCAGUGCCUCUGACGAUGUUCACAGAUUCAGCUCCCAGGUUGAAGAGAUGGUGCAGAACCACAUGACUUACUCAUUACAGGAUGUAGGUGGAGAUGCCAAUUGGCAGUUGGUUGUAGAAGAAGGAGAAAUGAAGGUAUACAGAAGGGAAGUAGAAGAAAACGGGAUUGUUCUGGAUCCUUUGAAAGCUACCCACGCAGUUAAAGGUGUUACAGGACAUGAGGUCUGCAAUUACUUCUGGAAUGUUGAUGUUCGCAAUGAUUGGGAAACAACUAUAGAAAACUUUCAUGUGGUGGAAACUUUAGCUGAUAAUGCAAUCAUCAUUUAUCAAACGCACAAGAGAGUGUGGCCUGCUUCUCAGCGGGACGUAUUAUAUCUUUCUGCCAUUCGAAAGAUACCAGCCUUGACUGAAAAUGACCCGGAAACUUGGAUAGUUUGUAAUUUUUCUGUGGAUCACAACAGUGCUCCUCUAAACAAUCGAUGUGUGCGUGCCAAAAUAAAUAUUGCUAUGAUUUGUCAAACCUUGGUAAGCCCGCCAGAGGGAAACCAGGAGAUUAGCAGGGACAACAUUCUAUGCAAGAUUACAUAUGUAGCUAAUGUAAACCCUGGAGGAUGGGCACCAGCCUCAGUGUUAAGGGCAGUGGCAAAGCGAGAGUAUCCAAAGUUUCUAAAACGUUUUACUUCUUACGUACAAGAAAAAACUGCAGGAAAACCUAUUUUGUUCUAGUAUUAACAGCGACUGAAGCAAGGCUGUGUGACAUUCCAUGUUGGAGGAAGAAAAUUAAAAAACAAAAUUGAAUGCUCUAAGCUGGAACAUAGGAUCUAUAGCCUUGUCUAUGGCCCAACACCUUGGCCUUGUGUACAAAAGUGAAGAAAUACUGCAAUAGCAGAGCUGAACAUCUUAACACUAGCUGUCUUCUGCUAGAUCUCCUCGCUCAGCAUAUAACUAUAAAUACAUGUAAAAUUACAUGUAUAUGGCUAUAUUUUUAUUUGCUUGCUCCUAGAAGAGAAAAAAAAUCAACUUUGAAUCACAACUAGGAAUCGAUGCUUUAAUUUUUGGAAACUUUUUCAGAAUUUUUAAUUUACUAUGGUUUGGCCUAAGAUCCUCAGUUGUACCAGGCUUUGUGCACAAAAGAUAAAAGCACAAAAGUUGGACGCACGUGGGGCAUGUGCUUUCUGUGCACCAAAUUUCUGGAUGGGGUUCUUUUUUUAGGCCUACAGUCAAAUCUGUGUCCAGAAUUUUUUGACUUUUUUGCUUUGUAUAAUCAUAGAAUUCAUUGCUGCUGAUUUCUAUAAUAAUUCAUGUUGUCAUGUAAAGUGUCUCUUAAUAACUGAGGGCUGUCAAUAACCUGUGAUUUCGCCUUUUCUAUAGUCUUACUCCCAUGAAGAACUUUGGUUCUGAUGGAGAAAGAGUGAAAAGCUUUAUUUUUUUCUCCAGAUAUCUUUAUAUUUCUAUUGUAUUUUUAGUUGUGUACUGUGUGCUACAAAUUUUUUUCAGUUUGUUACAAACACAAUUUGGUAAUUUCUAAAUUGGUUCUGCCUGCCUCCAAACAGAAACAUCUGUACAACCUUAUAGGCAUAAACUACUUUCUGGUAAAACGGUCAGAAUAAAAUGAGCUCAUGUUUUCCUGAAA